CAAAUUGGCUGCGUUAGCGAAAUGUUGUGGACUAACUGGCUGCUGGCUGCACUAUGGCAGUUGUGCUGCAUUUGGCCAAGGAUUCCGGCCUUUGACUAUUGCGAUCCUGCGCUCUGUCCGGGCCCCGAGAAGCAUAUUGCCUGCAGUAAUUUUGGUGAACUGGCGGAAAACUGCAGUCCGGAUGCGCAUGUGGUGCGUAUUACAUCAGCUAGACGCAAUAUGAUUCUCAACGAAUUGAAUGAGUAUCGUGAUCGGAUUGCACGCGGCGACCUGGUCGGCUUCAAUCCUGCCACACGCAUGGCCACACUGCAAUGGGACCCGGAGCUGGCCAGCUUUGCGGAAUUGAAUGUGAAACGAUGCGCUUUGGUCAAUGAUCAUUGCCGCAACAGCGAUCAGUUUCGCAAUGUCGCCCAGGUGGUGGCCGAAGGCGGUUGGCAGGGCUCGCCAAAUGGUGGCAAGGAUUCAAGCGAUCCCGUCGAAUACCACACCGAGGACGAGGUGAUCAAGGCAACGCUGGAGCAAAUGUUUGCCGAAUACAAAGAGUGCAGCAUGCGCGAUAUCAUUGCCUACAGUCCGCCCAUUAACAGCAAGUGCAUUGCGUACUUUACACAACUGGUCAGGGACAGCACCACCCAUGUCGGGUGCGGCAUACUCCGUCAGACGCGCAACGUCAGCAACAAUGCCGGCCAAUGGCUGCUCAGUACGCAUCAGUAUAUGACCUGUAACUUUGUCCGGGGCAACGAUGUGAAUGCGCCCGUUUAUCAGAGCGGCGAUAGAGCGGCAGUCGAUUGCCGCACCGGACGCAAUCCGCAAUUCAUCAAUCUUUGCUCCAUCAACGAGAUAUACGACAACUCUGGCAUGGCUGGCUUUAGUUUCUACUAAAAAGUCAUUAAAUAUAUUUGAUAUACAUAUGGUAUGUAAUGGUUAUAUAAAAUAAAAUGCAUUUAAAAUC